GUCAGAUUCAAACGAUUUUUUUAUAGACAAACAUUGGUAGCUACGUUUUAAUUUCAUGUCAGUAUGUUUCAACUCCAUAUAUACAGAGUCGAGACACGUGUAAAAGGGUUCUGUUAUUUCUAAACGGAAUGCGUCAUUACGGCUGGUUUUUUUAAAAUGUACACAUUUGGCCACUCCAACGGCGUACCUCUACGUUGUUUUCUUGUUGGGCAAAGCGGUUGUGCUGGCAAGGCGACGCGUUAGCUAAGCAACACACCUAUCUCGAGGGUCUCUGUCUGGCAAACCUACUAUCUGAAUAUUUAUGAAUGAAGCUAUUAACUGUACAUGUGGGUUAGCAAUAUAAUAUAACAGGAACUGUUUUUCCAGACUAGUACUAGUAGGUAUAAACGAAGAAUUCCCGUGGGUGGGAAACGCAUUUGCGUAGGACAACAAUCGAAAUUGUUGUCUUUUGGGACCGGAUAUGCCAACUGAAGGGCCAGAGGCCGUCUGCUCAGAGCGCCUCCGGCAUCAUGAACGGUCCAGAAGGAAGGAAAGCAAUGGGCAGUCCAAACCCAUCCUGCGGGCUUCACACCCCCGAACAGUCGCUACCGCAUCCAGGAGCUCCGAGGACGAAAUCAGCAGGUGUGGGGGAAUACUCCCGUCAAUAAGUCGUUUGUCUAAGAGACUUAAGGAGGUCAUCUGUGCUCUUCAGGCCGAUCGUCAGCAGCAGCGACCCCGGGGAGAGGAGGGGGACGGACCAGGAAUCUUGGGAAUGGAGGAGCUACGAUGGAGGAUCAACCAGCUGGAGAGAGACAAGCUGGAGCUGGCCUCCAAACACAACCAUCAGGUGUCCUCUCUGGAGAGCCAGGUAGCGAGGCUGAGGGCAUCAGUAGAGAGGGGGGAAGCCCAGAGACAGACUCUGGAGUAUGAUAUGGCUGUGGUCAGGAAGGAGGCGGGGUUGGAGAGGAGGGAUGCCCAGGAGCAAAUGGCUGCCCUCAGCAUGCAGAACCAACAACUUAUGGUCCAUACGGCAGAGUUGCAGCAGAAAGUGUGUGACCUGCAGAAGGCUCUGGACAUCACAAGGAAGGCCCGAGAGGAGGACCAGCAUGCCUUGCAACAGGAAGUUGAGGAAAGAGACCGUCUGGUGCUGAGCACUAACGCAGAGAACGACCAGCUGGUCUCCAAAAACACACAACUACAUAAACUGCUGCAGGAGCAGGAGGAGACUCUACAGGAGCUGAAGAAGAGGAUGGGGGAGGUGCAGAGAGAGAAGGAGAGAGAUGGAGAGGCCCUACGACGACAGACCAGCGAACUUGGCUGCAUCACUGACAGAGAAGACCGGAUAAAGAAAGAACUGGAGGCAGCCCUACAGAGAGGGAGGAGUCUGGAAGCCAACAUCGAGUCAGAAAGGGCUGCUCACCUGGAGUCUAAAUUCAACUCUGAGAUCAUACAGCUACGUAUUCGUGACUUGGAGGCGGCCCUCCAGGUGGAGAAGUCCAGUCAGGCGGAGGCUCUGUCCAGUCUGGAGAUGGUGAAACAGCAGUUCAGAGAGGUAGAGAAGGCUUACAGCACAGAGAGGGCGCAGGGCCAGGAGGCUACCCAGAGACUGGCACAGUUUGAGAAGGAGCAUCUGAUUUCUGAGGCUGAGCUGUGCAGAGCUGUGGAGGAAGAGAAACGAGUGACAUCACAGCUCAGAUUACAACUACAGGAACAAAACGCACGACAUACAGACAGCCAGACACAACUUGACACGGCCCGUCAGCGUGUGGGGUUUCUGGAGGAGGUGUGUGACAGUUGGAAGAGAGAACUACAGCAGAUAUUAGAUCACCACAACAUUGGAGAACCACAGAGCAGCGACGUGCCUGUGUGUGAGGGAGAGGAGGAAAAACACAACCUCACUGCUGUCAUGGAUCUUCUGAGGAGAACCCUGACCUCCUACAGAACCAACCUGGACCGGACCACUGCAGAGGUCCAGGAUCAGCAGCAGCAGACAAACCGGCUGGUCCAGGAGUUUCAGUUUAACCAGAACCUGCUGUCUGAACAGAAGAAACAUGUUAAGGAGUGUCGCUCAGCGCUGUCCGACUGUAACGUUGAGUUACAGCGUCUGAGAGCUGAGUGUUCUCAGAAGACCUUCCAGACCGAAAGAUUACAGACUGACUUCCAGACCGCCCUGAAGAACUGGGAGAGAGAGAGGGAAGGAGAGAGGGAGAAGGAGCGAGAGAGAACAGCAGAGUUACAUGAAGAAAUACAGAAGAUUAGCCAGCUGUAUCAGAAAGACUCGCAGGAGAAGCUGUCGUUCCUUCAUGGUCUGUACCAGCGUCUGUUAGCCGGCUGUGUCCUGAUCUCCCAGCCACAAUGUAUCCUGGGUAGUUUCACCUGGACCGAACUCUGUGAUGUCAUAACGGAACACAUCAACGCCCUGACCUCCGACCUUACGCAUGCCAAUGAGAAGGUCGUCCAGCUGGAGAGUGUGUGUGACAGUAAGAGUGUGUGUGUGUCUGAGUUGAAGCAGAGCCAGGAGUGUGUGUUGGUACGACUAGAGGAGACAGUGAGACAGAAAGAAGAAGCCUGGAUGGCCCAGAGACGGGAGAUGGAACAGCAACACAAACACGCUGUCUCUCAGCUACAGGGGAAGAUACAGGUAACACACGCUGUCUCUCAGCUACAGGGGAAGAUACAGGUAACACACGCUGUCUCUCAGCUACAGGGGAAGAUACAGGUAACACACGCUGUCUCUCAGCUACAGGGGAAGAUACAGGUAACACACGCUGUCUCUCAGCUACAAGGGAAGAUACAGGUAACACACGCUGUUUCUCAGCUACAGGGGAAGAUACAGGUAACACAUGCUGUUUCUCAGCUACAAGGGAAGAUACAGGUAACACACGCUGUCUCUCAGCUACAGGGGAAGAUACAGGUUUACUGCUCCCAGCUUGAAGAGGUCCAUCAGAGAUUGUCUUCCCUAGAGAGACAAUGCAGCCAGCUGACCUCUGACCUUUCCAAGAUCAAGAGAGCCCUUUCCCAAUCUGACCUCCAGGGGUCAGCGUUGCUCUCCGCCUGCUCCCUGCUCAUCGGCGCCGUCACACACCUCUCCCACGCCACACACACACUCCGCACGCAGAAGGCCCUUCUCACACACCGCCUGGCCAGGAGCGAGGGCCUGGAGACGGGGAUCAGGACCCUGGUGCAGGCCCUGGGGGAUGGAGAGGCGGAGAGGAAUGGGGGAGGAGGACUGAGGAGGUGGAGGAGUUGUGUGGUGUGUGUGAUAGCGGUGAACAGGCUGUGUGUAUUGGGGAGGAAGAGCAGGGUGCUCUUUAGGAUGAGGUGCCGUGGGUACCCCUCUCUGGGGGUGAGUGUUCCAGUCUGGCCUCCUCUGGAGAAUGGCUUGACAGCGCCUUCUAAAGGUGAAGAGGAGCAGAAAGAUGAAGGGCGAGGAGGAGAGUGUGUGAGGUGGUUCCGUUGUAAAGGUCUCUGCUCCUUCAUCGUUUCCUCCAUGGCCAAGAUACAGGAUGUUCUGGCACACACAGCCCCGUCUUCUGAGGUGCUGCUGUCCGCUGCCCAAAACAGUCUGUCUGGCCUCCUGGAGGGCCUGCUCACCCCCCCAGACCCACCCUCCCCCUCCGCAAGGACCCUGGGUCCAUUAGUGACCAGGCUGGGUCAGGGCCUAAACCCGCUCACAGACAAACAGAUAAGCUGCAAGCGCCUUGUGGCGUCUUUGCAGCAGCACUUCCUGGUGUUCACCCAACGACUGCACUCCGCUGAGGUGGAAAGGCGGAGCCUGAGGGUACAGCUGGCCAACCGCAAACGUGUGGCCAAGGACAAACGGCAGCCGGCCCACAACGACCCAGACAUUCAUCUGGUGCCAGCGGAGCGGUUUAGGAGUGUGUGUGAGGAGUUGAGGGAGGCGUUACAGAGGGAGCAGCAGGCCCAGAGUCUCCUGAAACAACAGGCUGAUCAGCUGGAUCACCUGGGACGACGCAUGGACACACUCAUCCAGGAGGACAGAGAGAGAGAACACACACUCACACAGGCUGUUCAGAGUCUAUCAGAGGCUCGCAAAGAGGUGCGUCACAAGGAGCAGUCGCUGAGGGUUCUGGGAAAACACCUGUCAGGUCUACAGCAGCAGAAGAAGAAUCUGGAGGAGAGUGUCCAUCACGCUGAGAACGCCAUUUGUAUGACCGCUAAGAGUACAGACUCCCUGGUUAACUACAUGAAGGCGGUGGAAGACAGUUACAGGGAGGUCAGAGACCACAUUGUCCAAUCCCGAUCCACCGCCACUGGCGAGGACCUCCCUCUGCCGUUACCAAAGGUGCACCUGAACCUGAUGGGAACAGAGAGGCUGCUGGGUAGACCAGAUUUUGCAUCCUGUCAGAGCCUGGUGGGGAUGUUCUCUGAGGUGUACCACGCCGUGUGCUCCAGGAUUGGGUCACUGGAGAGAGAAAUCUCCGCCCACCAAAGCCAUGUCUCCGCCCUCAGGACAGAGCUGCAUGAUGCUUGUCUCAGAGAGAACCUCUGCUUCAUCCCCGUGUGUGAGUCUCAGUCACCCGUGACCCCGCCCCUCGACGAACUUUGUCAGCCUGUCAGUGACCCUGAAGCCCCUCCCACUGACCGCACCAACGUCCCACUGAGAGAGACGAGCAGAACGAGUGGAACCUGUGUACCCUGCCAGCCCCUUCACAGCCCCCCACCUCCCCUCCCAGACCCGUCCCAAAAGACCAGAGGCACCAAGAUGUCCUCCAAGAAGGCUGGUCCUGCAGCAUCUAAGAACCGAUCAAGACGGACCAGAACCAGUGUUGUGUCUUAGUGCCUUUCUGUACCCCACACAGUGCCCUAGUUUAAACCACAGACCUACUGUACCCCACACAGUGCCCUAGUUUAAACCACAGACCUACUGUACCCCACACAGUGCCCUAGUUUAAACCACAGACCUACUGUACCCCACACAGUGCCCUAGUUUAAACCACAGACCUACUGUACCCCACACAGUGCCCUAGUUUAAACCACAGACCUACUGUACCCCACACAGUGCCCUAGUUUAGACCACAGACCUACUGUACCCCACACAGUGCCCUAGUUUAAACCACAGACCUACUGUACCCCACACAGUGCCCUAGUUUAGACCACAGACCUACUGUACCCCACACAGUGCCCUAGUUUAGACCACAGACCUACUGUACCCCACACAGUGCCCUAGUUUAAACCACAGACCUACUGGAUCCAUAACAACCCUUCAAUAAACCUCUGAUAAGUCCAUCCUUUAUGAAGCGUUUUGACUCUUCACUUUUAAGCUAC